UUUGUUCCGCCAUUUCUUGAGAGAAUGAAUUGAGUUGGUACUUUUUCUAAAAUAUUUGCGUGUACAAGUUUCUACUCUGAUAUGUCGUUGAUAUCUUUUAAUAAACGCCAUAUUGUAUCUGUGAUGAAUAAUAUUUGGAGACAGUAUAGAGGAAUAUCGUUUUCGGCUUGUGCUUUGGAUUCUUUUAGUGACUAUACACACUUUGGCUACCGUUCAGUUCCCAAGAAUGCCAAGACUUCCAUGGUAGGAUCCGUUUUCAGCGACGUUGCCUCCAAAUAUGACCUUAUGAACGAUUUGAUGUCUUUUGGUCUCCAUCGUUUGUGGAAAGAUUUGUUUGUCAUGUCAUUAGCACCGACAGCCGAUAUGAGAAUACUCGAUGUCGCAGGAGGAACAGGUGAUAUAGCCUUCCGCAUCGUAGAGAAGAAACGAAAAGAAGAACACUACAAUAAGAAGCUAUUAGAGCAUGGAGUGGAACCCGUUGUCGUUGUGGAUAUUAACGAAGACAUGUUACAAGUGGGAAAGGAGAGAGCAAAGCUGAGAGGAUAUAGUGAAAGUGAAGUUAUGUUUGUGCAUGGAAACGCGGAAAAGCUUCCUGCAGCUAGCGAAACAGUGGAUGCUUAUGUUAUUUCUUUUGGAAUGCGCAACGUAACAGAACCAGAAGCUGCUUUAGUAGAAGCAUUUCGGGUUUUACGUCCAGGAGGAAAGUUUCACAUGUUGGAGUUUGCUAAAGUACAAAACGAUGUGCUUCAAUAUCUUUACGAUAUGUAUUCCUUUUCAGUAAUUCCGUUGAUUGGACAAAUAGUAGCAAAUAAUAGGGACGCCUAUCAGUAUUUGGUAGAAAGUAUUCGAAAAUUUCCUUCACAAGAGGAGUUUGCAAAGUUGAUGAUAAGAGCAGGUUUUCAACAAGUUUCCUAUCGACAGUUUCAUCAAGGCAUAGUAGCUCAGUAUUCCGGUUUUAAACUUUGAAGAGUUGCAAAAAAAAGGAGUACAAAGCAGAAUGAAGUGAAAGGGAAGAGCAAUGCAUCCCAAAGUCUUUAUUGUUGAGCACUUUGACCAGUCAUAUUCUUCAUAGAGCAAUGUGUGCUAUUGUUUGUAUUUUGUUGUUUUGGAUACUAUAAAAGAUUCCGUAUAUUU